AUGAAAUCCCCAAAAAUUUUGAACCCCGCUUUUUCUCCUACAUUCGUAUCGAUCUGUUCUUUAACAUCUCAUCUGCUUCGUCUCCUCCCCUCACCCGCAUCCACUACCUCCAACCCACACCGACUCUUCAAGUCUGCACAACGUAAGCUAGGGCUUUUUUUGAUCGGAGGUUAUGGUAUGGAGGAAUUUGGGGAAAAUAACGACGAGGAGGAGGAACAAGAAAAAAGGAAAGAUGUUGGCCUCACAACCGAAACAUCAUGUAUUGAGACCACUCCGGCAAAGUCACACUUCGUCACCAUCAUCUUCAAAUUUGUCCUCACCGACAUCGUCGUCAUCGUGGAUUCAUUUUCCAUCAGUUCUAUUAGUCGUUGCUUCCUCAUCAUCAUCCUCACCAAUUUCCAGCCGAUCUGUUCUAGGUUUUUUGCUUCUGUAUUCAAGACACCUACCUUUCACCAGAUAUUGUAUUCCUCUUUUUUUUUCUUCAAGUUUCUAAGGGAAGAACCCCGCAUUUACAAACCCAAGGUGUGA